AUGCUGCUGCUGGCAGCGCUUGUGGCCACAGCCGCUUGGUCUUAUGGAUUUGCACAAGAAAUUCCCGUGCAAAGCCCUAUAUCCAUCACCAAGUUCCGAAAAAGUGCACGGAUGACCUGUGAAAUUAAAUCACUGGGGGCAAGCUUCGGUGGCACCGUCAUACACUGGUAUCAGCAGAAGGAGGGUAAAGCUCCAGAGAGGCUACUGUAUUUUUCAGAAGGGAAAGCUUCGGUUGAAAGUGGCUUUGAAGUGAACAGGUACAUUGUUGAAACAGUUUCUGGCCAGAACCGCUGUGUUCUUACAAUAAAAGAUGUAAUGCCAGACGAUGCUGCUACUUACUACUGCGCCUACUGGGACCCUCACUGUGAUAGGAAUUCGAAGGUCACCAAGGCAAAAAGAAAACCUCCGUCAACGUCUGAACCACAGAGUUCAAACAUGCUGCUGCUGGCAGCGCUUGUGGCCACAACCGCUUGGUCUUAUGGAUUUGCACAAGAAAUUCCCGUGCAGACCCCUCUCUCCAUCACCAAGGCUAAAGGAACUGUGCGCCUGGAAUGUCACUUUAAAGGUGUCUCCCAAGAUUUUGAUAACACCGUCAUACACUGGUAUCAGCAGAAGGCGAAUAAAGCUCCAGAGAGGAUUCUCUACUUUUCACAGUCAAAAACAGUAGACGAGGGCUUCCAAGCACACCGGUACAUAGUUGAAAGACUUUCUAGCCAGAAAGUGUGUAUUCUUGCAAUAAACAAUGUCAUUCCAGACGACGCUGCGACCUACUACUGCGCGUACUGGCAGACACUUGUAUACAGUGGCUAUUACAAAGUCUUCGGAACUGGCACAAAGCUUAUUGUUUCUGACAAAGGAAAUUCUCCACCAGCAAACUCUGAAAUCCUGCAGAAGGAACAUGGAGAUCAGAUAACGUACGUUUGCCUUAUUGAGAAAUUCUACCCAGAAGUUAUUCGGGUGACAUGGACCGAUGGAGAAAAUAAGGAGGUAACGAACGACGUAGCAAAAGGAGACCCCUGGAAGUCCACGGAAGGGGAUGAAUACUCGAUCGGCAGCUGGUUAACUGUACCAGCGCAGAACAAAGACAAGAACUAUUACUGCAAAUAUGAGCAUGAAAGCAAAGAAGGUUCACUGCAGACACAAGAUUCCAAAGAGACUACCGCUCCUCAGGGGGAGGACUGCAUCACCUAUCCUGGAAACAGCACUGUUUUUAAUACAGAUCACUUACUGCACAGGACGGCAUACUUAGUGUACAUCGUCCUUCUUCUGAAGAGCUCCAUGUACUAUCUCAUCGUACUGUUCUUCAUCUACAGAACGUGGGCUCCAAUCAAGCACCAAGGAAAGAAAGCAUAA